CCGUGCGUCUCGCGAGCGUUGCGGUGAUUGACGGGCGGCGCAGCUGAGUCCGCGUCUGGCGGCUGUGAGGCAGACGGUUCUGAGGCGACUCGCAGCGGCGACCAUGUUUCGAGCGGCGGCUCCUAGGCGGCUCCGGCGGGCGGUUUCAUUGCUACGAUUUCAGAGUACCCUGGUAAUAGCUGAGCAUGCAAACGAUACUCUAGCACCCAUUACAUUAAAUACCAUCACUGCAGCCAAACGUCUGGGAGGUGAAGUGUCCUGCUUAGUAGCCGGGACCAAAUGUGACAAGGUGGCACAAGAUCUCUGCAAAGUAGCCGGUGUCGGGAAAGUGCUGGUGGCCCAACAUGAUGCCUACAAGGGCCUCCUUCCAGAGGAGCUGACACCACUGGUCGUGGCAACUCAGAAGCAGUUCGGUUACACGCACAUCUGUGCUGGAGCGACUGCCUUCGGAAAGAAUCUUUUGCCCAGAAUAGCAGCCAAACUUGAUGUUGCCCCAAUUUCUGACAUCAUUGGGAUCAAGUCACCUGACACAUUUGUGAGAACUAUUUAUGCAGGAAACGCUAUAUGCACCGUGAAGUGUGACGAGAAAGUGAAAGUGUUUUCUGUCCGAGGAACAUCUUUUGAAGCUGCAGCUACAAGUGGUGGCAGCGCCAGUUCAGAAACGGCAUCAAGUACUUCUCCAGUGGGGAUAUCAGAAUGGCUUGACCAGAAAUUAACAAAAAGCGAUCGACCAGAGCUAACUGGUGCCAAAGUGGUGGUAUCUGGUGGUCGGGGUUUGAAGAGUGGAGAGAACUUUAAGCUAUUAUAUGAUUUGGCAGAUCAGCUGCAUGCUGCAGUUGGUGCUUCUCGAGCUGCUGUGGAUGCUGGCUUUGUUCCCAAUGACAUGCAGGUGGGACAGACAGGAAAGAUAGUGGCACCGGAACUUUACAUUGCUGUUGGAAUAUCUGGGGCCAUCCAGCAUUUAGCCGGGAUGAAAGACAGCAAGACAAUUGUGGCAAUUAACAAAGACCCAGAAGCUCCAAUUUUUCAAGUGGCCGAUUACGGAAUAGUUGCAGAUUUGUUCAAGGUAGUUCCUGAAAUGACUGAGCUAUUGAAGAAAAAAUGAGGCAUGAUCAUGUCUUAAGAAAAAUCACGUGCGAGGAUUCAGCUGGAAUCGUAGAAAUUCAUAGCUGUUACAACUAUGAGACACCAUGGAGAGUUGUAUUUCAUAAUUUGAGGAAAACUUCUAAGAGAUGCCAGAAUGUGAUUUUAUGGGGCUAUCAUGUUUCUUUUUAAUUAUUUGUGGUUCCAUGCCAUAUUUUGAAAUUUUCUAAUUCUGUAAUAACACACGAAAUAAAGUCUUUCCACAGAUUUAAAGCUA